AAGCACAGCUCAGAGUUGCCCAUAUCCCAAUAGACGAAUAUAUGAAAUUUCAUUUCUUAAAUUCUAAUCUUGCUCUUAUUCAGAUUUGAAUGUGAAUUUGGAAAAAGAUGAAAGUGAAUGAUACAAUGAGUAAGAGUUUAGUAUGUUUAGCCGUGUUCAUUUUAUUUCUUUUUGCUUCUUUGUUCUAUACUGGAACUAUCGAUUACAGAUCAAGUUUUUCUCUAUUCGAUUCUCCUCUAAGUAAACCUAACCCCUGUUUCACUGAAGAAUCGGACAUUGAACCUCUCAAGGUUUACAUGUAUGAUCUUGAGAUGAAAUACAACGUCGGAUUUUUGAAAGGAUCAUCGCAUUAUAAUGCUCCUCCUGUUACUAUCGACACUUUGCCUAAAUGGCCCAAGUAUACAGGUUUGAGGAAACAACAUAGUGUGGAGUAUUGGAUGUUGGCCUCAUUGUUGUAUUCAAUUGAUGAUGAAAAUGGCCAUACACGAGAAGCUGUUAGGGUUUUUGACCCUGAAUCUGCUAAUGUGUUUUUUGUCCCUUUUUUCUCUUCCUUGAGUUAUAAUACUUACUAUAGACAUGGGAAUGAUUCAGAGGUCAAAUAUGAUGAUCAAUUGCAGGCUGAAAUUAUGGACUUCUUACAAAAGUCAGAACAUUGGAAGAGGUCUGCUGGUCGGGAUCAUGUGAUCCCAAUGCAUCAUCCAAAUGCUUUCAGGCGUUACCGGGAGAAGGUGAAUGCUGCUAUUUUCAUUGUUGCAGAUUUUGGUCGUCCUCCUCCAACAGUGUCUAAUUUGAGGAAAGAUGUAGUGGCCCCAUAUGCACACGUGGUUGAAACUUUUGAAGCUGAUGACAUUUCAGACCCAUAUGAGUCCCGCACAACGCUUCUUUUCUUCCGUGGGAGGACAGACAGAAAAGAUGAUGGAAAAGACCGUCAGCAAAUGAAAGACAUGUUAAGUGGUCAAAAGGAUGUUGUCUUUGAAGCAGCAGGAAUCUCAGGGAAAGGUGUAAAUGAAUCAACAAAUGGGAUGCGUUUGUCAAAGUUCUGUCUACACCCAGCAGGGGACACCCCAUCAUCUUGCCGCCUGUUUGAUGCUAUAGUCAGCCAUUGUGUUCCUGUAAUUGUGAGUGACAGAAUUGAGCUACCUUUUGAGGAUGAAUUGGACUAUACCGAAUUCUCGAUAUUUUUCUCACGUGAGGAGGCAAAGAAAGAAGGAUACAUGCUUGAUCAGCUGAGGAGUGUUUCAAAAGCUAGAUGGGUUGAAAUGUGGGGCUAUCUUAAGAAGAUUAGCCAUCAUUUUGAGUACCAAUACCCUCCGAAAAAGGGUGAUGCUGUAAACAUGAUAUGGAGGGAGGUGAAGCACAAGCUUCCUGCUACCCAACUUGAUGUACAUAGAAACAGAAGGUUGAAAGUGCCAGAUUGGUGGAGAUAGUG